CACAGCUACAACCUGCGGUUGUGGUAAAUCCUCUCUCCACUAUUUACGAACAACAUGUCAGAAGAAUCGUCCUCGCAAAGGAGAGCAUUACUUUCUGAGCAGCAAAUUCAAGAUGCCUUCCACAGCUACCUCAGAUCGUCUCUUACACAAGCCAAAGUUGAACGACUCCUGGAUGAAAAUAUUUUAAGUAGCGCCGAAGGCGAUCUAAUGAUCACUGGCCCUGCCUUGUGCCUUUAUUUCGCUGCUCUUCGAUGUACUACAAACCCCCCUUCUGUACCCCUUCCCCGACGGAGUAAAUCGCCAGAACCAACGGAGCUUUCUGCAGAAAACUGUCCACCGGCAUUCACUUCAUUUCUUUCUGUAUGGGCCAAAACAGUCCCAUCCAUCCAGGAACUAGCACCACAGUAUCAACAUGAUCUAGCACGUAUCAUUUGUGGACUCGAACCGUUAUCUGCCCCCCCAUUACCUUCAUUGCAAGGUAUUGCAGCAGACUUGCGUGCUGUAGCUAUUGAAAUUAGUCAGAGGCGGUCUUUUCAGGAUCAGUACGCCUCUGAUCUACAGGCGGCUUUGGAUUCAGGGAGACCUCUCAGCAGUCCCAGAUCAGUAAAGGCUUCGUUUGUCCCCCCACCUUCCUACGACGCGCCCCCACCCUCUCACCAAACAUCUCCUCGACCUUCUAUUGACCGUGCAAGUCACGAACUACCCGCACAGACUCCGGCACAUCUCUCACCACAUGUUGCAAAUAGCUCAAGCGGAUGGCCUUCACGAAGCGCCUCUCCCACCAUCUUAGCGCCCAAUUCACCUGCAAUUGAGUUCAUCCGUGAGACAUUGUACGCAUCUUUAGCCGAUGCCCUUGAUCGACAGCCUACCCUUCGCGCGCUACUGAAACGCGACCCUCCCCGUGCAUACUUUGCAUCCGUGGCGUUCGCGAUCCUUGAUGUUGCGACUACGUCAAUGACACCAGAAGGAGGGGUGGUUGGUGUUCUUGGACAACCCUUGAUGCUUUCAGAUUGUCCAAUCCAGCUUCAGCCGUUCAUGGUGGAACUUGCGGCGAUUGGGAGGGAUUCGAAGGAGCUCGAAGCGGAAGACGAUAGAACUGCGAUGCAAUAUGCGCAGCAGGGAAGGGACAUACCAGCGCCAAGGAUGGAGAGAGUUCGGAAAAUCUUAGAAGAAGGUGUUGGAUACAGUGAUCGCCACCGGGAUGAGGACAACGGCAGGCGAAGUGUUGAGGGAAAAGCCGUUGCUUUCGCGAACCGCAUCAAUGCUCUUAGUCUAGGUAUGACCAGGCUGAAGGCCUUUAGAGAACGACAGGAAUAUGUCUUCACAGUCCUGGCAAGCAUAGGUUCAACCUGA